AUGGCCAGCGCAGAGAAGAAAGGGAUGAUGGAUGCAGAAGCCACGGUCAAGAACUAUACCCCAGACCCAGAUAGCCCUUUACAGCGUGAUGCUGCUGAUGCAGCAACUUUCCGAGAUUCCCUUCCUCGCGGACGAUUCGGACCCUUUAUCGCAAGCUUCAUCUUGUUGGCGAUCGCGCUUUUCUUGGCUGUUGUUGUCUUUGUCCCUGUCAAUCUUAAGAAGCCAGGCUCGCUGUCAGUCGCUGGUCACGCAUUAUACGUUACUGGAACGACCAUACUGGCCAGUAUGGUUGCGUUGUAUUGUACUCGCCAAGUGCGUCUUCUCUGGGUUCGCCGAAUUCUUUAUCGGUCCUAUGAUGGGACCCGCUGGCCCUCACAUCAUGAUGUGGCAGAAGUCCGGACAUUGCUUGGCCUAGGCACCUGGCGAGAAUCUUUUCGGUUUUGGUCUACAGCUGGUGCGCUUCUUCUCGUUGGUCUACUUACAACAUCGAUUGUGUCUGGGGUCUCUCCGUUUGCUAGUGGGCUGAUACAGGCGGGCGACGGUGUCCUUUACACCAAAGCUUUCACUCCAUGUUUUUUUCGAAGCAAUGACGCUUCAAACCACUGGUAUAUGUGGACGCUCGCCAACGGCACGGUCAUCAACUACAACACUACCUUGAGGAAUAUCGACGACAUCAGUUGUCCGGUCGAAGAAGUAACCGAUCUGCUAUCCGCUUCGAGCGGUAUAUUAAAAGAUUAUGCGUACGUCGCUGGAGGCGUACCUGUCUCACGGAACGCCACAGGAACGCCAUUCUCCUGGAACUCAGGAAAUACUGGGUUCUCCGAUGCUCUUGGUAUCUAUGGAACCAAUCAUGACAAGGGCGAUAACUCUCAACCUGAUUAUGGAGCGUUAGACUCGUUUCAAAUAGCCACUGCGUGCUCACCAGUCGUCUACAACAAUCCAGUACAAUGUCGCAAGGCAGGUGCUCUUGCUGUGAAUCAAGAUCAAAUCGAGGUAACAGCCGAUGGCUACACAUUUCAAUCAACAUUGUCAGACAGAAUUGAUCCUACAAAGCAAGGUGCUACAGCCAUAGGAGUCGCUACAAACGAUACACAAGUUGGUAAAGCGACAAUUAUUAUGGGCGCUGUGAACUCUCAUGCGAUCCGACUCUCCGAAGUCAUGUGUGAUACCGGAACAGACUUUCUUGACUCGGGUAUUGAGAGCUAUACAGUCGCUUGCACAGUCGAUAUAGCCCCUUCAAUAAGCUCGCGCAUUGUCUACUACGGUCGCGCCCAGCAACAGACCGUAGUAGACUAUUUUGGAUACUCGUUCUUAGUUGAAAGUGAUGACGAGCACUGUAUACUUACAGGUGACGGCGACCCGAUAUCCAAGGCUGAUUUAAUCACGGAAGCCACACUCGCCCAUGGUGCAGCUGGGGCUUUUCAUCUUCUUCAAGAAAACCUGUACGACGAUGGCUGGUGGAACAAGUUGCACCUACUUGCUGAUCGGCGCCUCACCUCCGUAACUCACCAGCUUGACAGCCCUGUUUACGACAACUCCGUCAACGCCCUCGAAGAUGCACUCGGACUAGCAAGUGCUGCUUCACUGAGCUUAUUUUGGGCAAAUGACCCUCAUCCUCAUAGCCCGGAUAGCGAUGUCGUGGGGUGGGAUUCCGGCAUUGCAAACUUUCAAGGCACGCGAAUAGGUCCGGGUCGACACUGGGCCAUACUCUAUGUACUACCUCAACUUUUCACUAUCGCCCUGCUCGGAUACCUCUGGUGGAAGACACGUCAUAUCUCGAAGUUGAGGCGCUGA